AUGGCUACCGAUUCAAAUAUCAAUAUCAACUCUGCAUCUCUGCGUGGAAGCCCAUCAGAUCGUAUCAUCAAACCACGUCCCCGUAAAGACUCGUUACAGUCCAUUUCCGGGUCCGAUACUCAUCCCGGGCGCGUGGUCAAGCCUCGCGCGCGCAAAUCGCCCGGUUCUGGAGCCAAGAGGUCAGAACCAGCGAAGCGCAAGUUCAUCUGCUCGUUCUCUCACUAUGGCUGCGACGUCGCUUUGAGCUCCAAGAACGAGUGGAAGCGUCAUGUCUCGAUCCAACACCUCCAGCUUGGAUUUUAUCGCUGCGAUGUCGGCUCAUGUAACCCCGACUUGAACACCAAUGUUCCCAACCACAAACGAGUCUACAAUGACUUCAACCGGAAGGAUCUCUUUACCCAGCAUCAUCGACGAAUGCACAAGCCUGAGACCGGUCCAGGCUCAGGCCCCAUCGCACCCGGCAACGCCGGUGACAAGGAUUGGAGAGCCUUUGAAGAUAGUCUUGAGGAGGUCCGCAAUCGCUGCUGGAUGGAGAAGAGAAAGCCUCCUCAACGCAGCACCUGUGGCUUCUGUGGCAGGGUUUUUGAAGGUGAGGGCAGUUGGAAUGAGCGGAUGGAGCACGUCGGAGGUCAUUUCUCCCGUGACAUCGUCGAAGCCAAGGAGGAGAGAGAAGAUGAAGAUUUGACCAAUUGGGCCCUCCAGGAGGGGAUCAUCAAAGACGCUGGUAAUGGCCGCCAUGUUCUUGUUGACCAACCCCCCACGAUCAGUGAAAGACCUUACUCGACCAGGGAUCGGGACGUCGCCAUGACGGACGCUCCGAGCUCUGACGGUCUCUCCCGUGAUCCCGAACAUUCUCCUUCGCUGAGUGCCUCUUCCCGAAGACCAGAAUCAGAAAGCAACUAUCCUAAGCUCGAUAGUCCCCGCGAAGCCCGCCGACUCAGUAAUACCAUGAGCCCCAAUGGAACCCCGCGAGCUCCCUCUGUGCCUUUGCUCCAGGCCGCACCUGGAAGCUCAGCCGCCGGACAGUCAAUCGCGCCUGCUCUUGCUGCUGCCGCCCUUGGAUCAGCCGCCGUCCCCGAUUCGCCUGAGAGUAAGCUCCAACCUCCUCCAACACCUCCCGAAAGACGAGGCUACAAUCUCGCACCGCCUCCAUUACAGGCAGGGAAGCAACCCUCCGGCACUGCUGGACAAGGUGAUUCUGGAAGUGGGGAUCGACUAGAAGAUCUAAUCAACCAGCUGAUCAGACCCAAACCUCCCAAGACGCAUCGCCGUCUUACGUGGAAAUGUGACUGUAAUUUGGAGAUGUCGGUUGACAUUGACGACGCAGAUCGACAAGCCAUUGAAAGCCUCCAGGACAUCAGCAUCAUUUGCAGCAAGAACUCGAACCCGUAUCUGAAAGUUGCAAAAACUGGAAAGUAUCAUGUGGUUGCGUGUGACGAGCUUGCUGGGUACAUUUGGAAGAACUCGAAACAACCGGUCGAGCAACACAAUCGUCCAAGCGAAGUACCCGUCAGCUAG